AUGGAUUUGAUGAGGAUGCUUGUUUUCAGAGGACGAUGGCGCACUCUGUUUGUCAUUCUUUGUCUCUGUGAGCUGCGCCCCGCAACUGGCCAGGCUCGCUAUUCCAUACCGGAGGAACAGGCUGAAGGCUCUUUUGUUGGAAAUAUCGCAAGAGAUUUAGGAUUGGAUGUGGUCCGACUAGUGGCAGGUAAAGCUCGUAUUAUUACCAAAGGAGGGCGACAGUAUGUUGAUUUAAAGCGAGACAAAGGUACACUUGUGAUUAAAGAGCGCAUCGACCGAGAGGAACUAUGUGGAAAGACGACGCCCUGCAGUUUCAGUUUUGAUAUCAUAUUAGAAAAUCCAAUCCAGCUUUAUCGUGUCACAGUGGAGGUUAUGGACAUUAAUGACAAUAGUCCGUCCUUCCCUCAGACUGAAAUUUAUUUUAAGAUAGCUGAAAAUGCUGCAGUGGGAACUCGCUUCUCACUUGAGAGUGCGGAUGACCCCGAUGUUGGAAUUAAUAGUAUUAAGAAAUAUGCACUGAAACCUAAUAAUGAUUUUAAAUUGGAAAUGCAAAAUAAUCCAAAUGGAAGGAAUGUUAUUGAAAUGGUUUUACAGAAGCCUUUAGACCGUGAGAAAGAAGAGACUCACACACUCAUGUUGAUUGCUUCAGAUGGCGGUGAACCACAUAGAUCAGGAACGGUGAAAAUUCAAAUAACUGUGCUAGAUGUAAACGAUAACGCACCAGUGUGCAGUCAACCUGUUUAUAAGGUGGAUGUGCCAGAAAAUUCACCUGCAGGAACAUUGAUAACGACUGUCAGUGCAAAAGAUGUGGAUGCAGGACGCAAUGGUGACGUCACUUAUACAACUCGUUCUUCUAAAGACUCUGAGCGGCUGUUUGAUGUAAAUGAUAAAACAGGAGAGGUUAAAGUUACAGGUAAAUUAGAUUUUGAGAAAUUACAGAUUUACGAGUUGAAUGUACAUGCUAGUGAUCAUGGAGGAUUCACAGAUACAUGUAAAGUUAUUGUGAACUUAAUUGAUGAGAAUGAUAACAUACCUUCAAUGGAAAUUAUGUCAUUUUCUCAAUACAUCCCUGAGGAUUCUCUCCCAGGUACAACUGUUGCCGUUUUUAAUGUAAAUGAUGAAGACUCAGAGGGUAAUGGUGUUGUCAAGUGCUCAAUUAACCCUGAAGAUGUCCCUUUUAAAAUUGAGUCUUCAUUAUCAGGUUACUACACGAUAGUGACUGAAAACCUAUUAGACAGAGAAAGUGUUCCUGAAUAUAAUGUUACUAUAACAGUCCAGGACCAAGGCUCUCCACCUCUGUCUAGUAGCAAAACAAUCAAUGUUAAAAUAUCUGAUGUGAAUGACAACCUGCCCAAAUUCUAUCAGUCAGAAUUCAGUAAGUUUGUACCAGAGAACAACUCUCCUGGUUUUUCAAUCUUUACUGUCAGCGCUAGUGAUGCAGACUGGGGUCAGAAUGCUCGAGUGUCCUACUUUCUUGAGGAGAAAGAAAUUAACGGUGCUGCUGUGUCUUCUUUUGUCUCGGUAAAUUCCAAAAGUGGUGUUAUCCACGCAGUCAAAUCAUUUGAUUACGAGCAAAUCAAGUGGUUUGACUUUAAUAUCACUGCCAGGGACUCUGGAUCACCUCCUCUGAGCUCCGCAGUCACAGUAAGCAUUCGGAUCCAGGACGUCAAUGACAAUGGGCCUCAGGUGCUGUACCCAGUCCAGUCGGGUGGCUCGGUGCUGGCUGAAAUGGUGCCUCAUUCAGCAGAUGUGGGCUAUUUGGUGACCAAAGUAGUGGCUGUGGAUGUGGACUCUGGACAGAACGCCUGGCUGUCAUAUAAAGUACACAAAGCUGCAGACAGGGCAUUGUUUGAAGUGGGCCUCCACAAUGGAGAGAUAAGAACUGUCCGCCAAGUGACUGAUAAAGAUGCUGUCAAACAAAGACUGACUGUUUUAGUCGAGGACAACGGGCAGCCCUCUCGUUCAGCUACAGUCGUUGUUAACGUAGUGGUGGCCGACAACUUCCCUGAAGUACUCUCGGAAUUCACUGAUUUUAGCAUGCAUGACAAGGAGUACAAUGACAAGAUGACUUUUUACUUAGUCUUGGCUUUAGCGGUGGUUUCCUUCCUCUUCAUCACCUGCUUGCUGCUUAUCAUAUCAGUUAAAGUAUACAGGUGGAGACAGUCUCGCAUCCUGUACCACUCUAACCUGCCCGUCAUUCCGUAUUAUCCACCACGUUACUCGGACACUUUGGGGACGGGGACUCUCCCGCACGUGUACAAUUAUGAGGUGUGCGGCACCACUGACUCCAGGAAAAGUGACAUGAAGAAUAUGCAAGUCAUGAGUCAAAGUUUAGUGAGUGUGGAUGGAGCUGAUGCUGAUAUGCCGCAUGAAAAUAAGCAGACAUCAGGCCUCCGUUCCCAGAUGUCAACAUUGCGGCGCAGCUCAUUCCUCUGUCACUGCCAUUUUGCUCUAGAGAGCUUCGUGUGA